AUGUUCCGCGCUCGGCCAAACUCGUCCGUCCGACUGAAGUCUCGGCCAAAGUCCAAACCACUCGGCCGAUCACGCAUCACGACCCGGGAAACAAGCCCGCGGUCGGCCAAGCCACACGCCACGCCAACCGCGCACGACCAAAGCGCGCGAGCCGGGAAAAAGCCUCGCGGCCGCGCAACCGUUCGCGUACCGGCCGAUGCAUCCGUCCGAGCCGGGAAAGAACGUCCCGCGUCCGGCCGAGAAUUUCAUCGGCCAAAUCUCAUCCGCUCGACCACGCCGGACCGACCGAAUCCGUCCGACCCCGACCGUUCCGACUCGGCCACAACCCGAUGUCCGGCCGAUCGUCCCGACGACCGUCCCAACGCCGCGGUCGACCCGAAGCCCUUUUUGAAGCCCAAACUUAUGUUUUCAAGCCCGGCUUAA